CAAACAUACCAAAAAUCAAAUAACAAAAAAAAUACAAUAGGGUCACUGCAUUUGCCUCUCAAACAUUUACAGAGGUCAAGGGCUGACAGAUCCUGUUCUCUCACAGAACACCAACUCACAUAUUAACAUAUUUAUACCCAUAGACAGUAAAUACCUUGGUGGCCAGCACCAAUUAAUACAUAAAGGGGGAUACACAGACAUAUAAUGGCCAUUACACACAAUAAACAAAUAUGAAAAUACCCAAUAUACAUAAACAAACACCUCAACUAAUACUAUCAAAUGACUUCACUUAAUAAAUAUACUUCUUAUAAACACACAAAAGAAAAGCAAGGAAAAUAGUCCUUGGAGUUCCCCCGGAGAAGAAACCGGAAUGGUUGUGGCCCGAUCAUCGGAACCAUAUAUAUACGACCAAUGUUUCCACGCGAACCCCUUUAGACGGUGCACACGCUCACGGGACUAUGGACUCAGACGUAUCAAACAAACAAACAAAGAGAACGGGAGGCCCUGAGAGAGACCAUGUCCAACGACGAGUUGGGUGAGAGAGAACAGUGGACUCUGUUUGGCAACGAGGCUGAGAAACUGGAGAUCGGGGUGAUCAGAAACCAGCAUGUUGUCCGUGAGCGUGUGGAUCGAUUCGCGCUGCGCCGGGAGGCCGAGAGAAAAGCUGCAGUGCACAUGAAGUUUAUUGAGGAUUUGAGCAUGAAGGCUCCUGACUUCCCCGUCCCGCUGCGAUCGCACUCGGUGUGGGCCGGCAUGGAUGUCAAAUUCUCCUGUACGGUUCAGGGCUGCCCGAUUCCCAGCGUCACAUGGUAUAAGGAUGACGUUCCUCUGCGAGGAUCCCUGCCCUGGAACUACAAGCUGAUGCAGAAGUUCGGCCUCAACGUGUUGGAGAUCAGAAGAUGUUCUGCUGAAGAUGCCGGAGAAUACAAGGUCAUAGUGAAGAGUUCCCUGGGAGAGGCGACGUCCUGCGCCAGUCUGCUAGUUAACUCACACGAAGGAGCAGAAGCAAAACUGAAGCGCUUGUGGACUCCCAUCCCGGUCCCAGUUCCAGAGCCGGAUGCUCAGCUGGACUCAACCUUUCCUCCAACAUUUGUGAAAGAGGGUGAAAGCUUGUUUCUGCAGUGCAGCUUCACCUCCGCUUUACUGCCGUUCCAACAGGACGUGUCUUGGUACAGAGACGGGGUGGUCGUGCACGAGUCGAGUCGUGUGGAGCUGCAGACGGGCCUGCGAUCUGCCAGCCUCAGCCUGAAGCACGUGCACAAGGAACAUGAGGGCCUGUACACCAUCCGCCUGCGCACUUGGGACGGGUCCGUCGAGCACAGCGCCUUCGUCUAUGUCAAAGAUGGAUCCGCAGUUGUGGUCGGUGCUCCAGGUUCUCCUCUACAGCUGGAGAGCUCUGAUGUGAACCGAGAUUAUGUCUUCCUCACGUGGACGCCUCCCAGUGCAGACGGAGCUGAUGCUGUUCAGGGUUACUUCAUCGAGAGGUGUGACAUCGGUGUUGGGAAGUGGGAACGCUGUAAUGACAUCAUCCAGAGGGUGUGUCAGUAUCCCGUAAUGGGACUGAAAGAAAACACAAUGUACCAGUUCCGAGUGUGCGCAGUCAACCAGGCAGGAGUGGGACGCCCGUCUAAACCCACUGACCCCAUCAUGACCUCUGACCCCCUGGAGCCCAGCAGGACGACGGUGGUGAAGGUGGAGCGUGGGAGAGAGAUUGUGAUCACUAAGGACCAGCUGGAGGGUCGAAUCCGAGUGCCCUUUCCCCCCACCGAUGUGCGAGUGUGUGAGCUGAGCGACACCUACGCUGUGCUGAGCUGGACUGAACCGGAUCCGCGGGGCAGAGAGUCCCUCACCUACGCCGUGGAGCGGUCCAUCACAGGGAAGGAGAGCUGGCACCUGGCUAGUAUGGAUAUGACGGUGCUGUCGACUAGAUUUGCUGCGUUUGACCAGCAGAAGGGGAAGUCGUACUCUUACCGUGUUCGUUCCGUCAACAAGUACGGGAUCAGCGAGCCGUCUCUUCCCAGCGGACCCGUCUCACUGGGACAACCACUAGGAGUUCCUGCCCCACCAAACGGCGUCCUGCCAAAUCGAGACACUGACAGCUCAGUCCUACUGCAGUGGAAGGAACCUAAAAUAACAGAUGGCAUUGUGGGAUACUACCUGUACUGCAGUGAGAUUGGAAGUGGACAGUGGAAGACCAUCAACAAUAAGCCCAUCACCAAAACCAGGUUUACAGUUCAUGGCCUGAAGACCAAUAAAGAGUAUGUAUUCAGGGUGAAGUCUGUGGGACUGGCGGGAAACAGCAUCUACUCGGACGAGUCUCCUGCCAUUCGAGUCAAAUCAGCGAUAAGUGUGCCAUCCUGCCCAUCAGCCAUCACUGUACUGCACUGCACCGGAGGAGAGAUGCUGAUUGGCUGGAGAGCCCCGGCCAAUCACGGAGGAGACCCUGUGCGCGGCUACUACCUGGACCAGAGGCAGAAAUCCCAGAGCAUCUGGCGGGAGGUCAACGCCAAGCCCAUAAAAGAGAGACAAUACAAGGUGACAGGCCUUGAGGAAGGGAAUUUUUACCAGUUUCGUGUCUUCGCGACCAACAUUAUUGGCCUGGGCGACCCUUCUGAACCCAGCGAACUGUUUCUAUGUGAACGCUGGACAAUGCCUGAGGCUGGUUGUCCAUAUGAUCUGGAAUUUAGAGAAGUGAGAUGCAACUCUCUGGUGCUGCUGUGGGUGGAGCCUGUGUACAAGGGCCAAUCAGAGAUCAGUGGGUAUAUAGUGGACAUCAGUGAGGGGGCGGAGUCUGAGGAUUGGACCCCUGUGACGAGUGAGGUGGUGACAGAAACUCACUUAAAGGUUUCAGGUCUGAAAGCAGGUCAGAUGUAUCGCCUCCGUGUGUCUGCGGUGAAUGACGCUGGAGUCGGCAUGUCUUCUGUGCCGUCUGAGCCAGUCAAAGCACAGACUAAAGCAGGAACCAAAGAGAUUGAGAUGGGAGUUGAUAAUGACGGCUUCAUCUUCCUGAGCUUUGAAGCGGCUGAUGUGGCCGAUGGAGACGUCUUUAAGUGGAAUAAGAACUACGGAAAAGCUAUUGAUGCCGGACGAGCCCGCUUGGAGAACAAAAACAACAGGUCUGUUCUUACCUUCACGGACGCCUCAGAGCAGGAUCUGGGCCUUUACACAGUGGAGCUGAGCAGAAACCCAGACGUCUCCUCUAGCUUCACCUUCACCGCCCAGGAUCUGGAGCGACUGACAGAACUCAGCUGGCAUGUCAGAAACCCGUUGAUCGCUCUGAGAUCUGAAGGCUGGCAGGUGGACGUGUCGGAGCAGGGAAGAGUUCGUCUGUGGCUCCAGACUGAAGAUCUCAGCAGCGCUGCGGUGCUUCGGCUCAUCCUCAACGACUCCGAGAUCUCCAGCACACCAGCCCGUAAGAUUAACUUUGACAAGGCACAAGGUCUGCUGGAGAUCUGGUUUGAUCAAAUCUCGAAAGAAGACGAGGGCUCGUACACCGCGCAGCUCAAAGACGGACGGGCCAAGAACCAGUUCACACUGGUGUUAGUGGAUAAGAAGUUUCAGGACACACUGGCUAAAUCUGAGGCCAACAGACGAAACUGGAAGAGAAAGUCGGGUCCCCAUUUCAAGGAGUUUUUGUCAUGGACAGUAACCUCUGAUUGUGAAUUGAUUAUAAAGUGCAAGGUCACUAACAUGAACAAAGACACGUGUCUGAAGUGGUUUAAGGAUGGAGUGGAGCUUUCUCAGGCCGUGUACGAGCCCUCGGGCGUCAGCACCUUCACUGUCGCGCAGGUGACGAGGAAAGAGUUGGGUGUGUACAGGGCUGUAGUGAGCGACAGCAGAGGAGAAGAUGACAGUGUCCUGGAGCUGAUCGAUGAUGAAUUUGAGCGUAUGGUGCAGCAGCUCAACAAACAGUGCGCGCUCUCUGCAGGUCCAGUGCGGAUCCAGUGCACUGCUCAGGGCUUCAAGCUCUACUGCUCCCUCAAAUACUACAUGAGCUGCAUGCAGACCAGCUGGCACUUCAAGGACAAGAGAGUCGCUGAGGAGCGGAGCCGGCCGGGCAGCAGCAUGCAGAAGCUUUGGAUUGAGAUAUUUGACCCCAGUGAAAGUGAUAAAGGGAAGUACACCCUGGAGAUGUUCGACGGCCAGGAAACACACCAGCGCUCUCUGGAUCUGUCUGGACAAGCUUUUGCAGAUGCUUUGCUGGAAUACCAGAGGCUAAAGCAAGUGGAGUUUGCUGAGAAAAAUCGAGCCAAAGUCACGAAGGGUCUUCCUGAUGUGGUGGCCAUCAUGGAAGAGAAGUCUCUCUGUCUGACGUGUUUUGCCGAUGGCGACCCGGUGCCGGAAAUGUUCUGGCUAAAGAACGACAGAGAGCUCGUCUCCAGCGGCCAGUAUAACAUCACACACGAGAACAAAUCCUCCACGCUCACUGUCAACCACGUGACCAUGGAGGACUCGGGCAACUAUAGCAUCUUCGUACGCAAUAAACACGGAUCGCAGACGGUUCCCGUGACCGUCAGUGUGUAUAAACAAGGAGAAAAGCCUCGAGCAGAUGCAGUGCAACUGUAAAUCAGUAACAUCAGGACAAACUCAUCAUUUGAGUUCAAGUCAACAGUGAUUUCUAGGCUGGAAGCGUGUUUCUAAAACUUUUUAUCUCACAAUUCAGACUUUUUUUCUCCAAUGAGAUAACUCACAAUUGCAAGAAAAAAGUCAGAAUUGUGAGCGAAAAAGUCGUAAUUACCUUUUUUUUUUAUUGUGUGGCAAAAACAAGCUUGCUUAUUUACAUGGCAUGUGUUUGUUCAUUUUUGGUGCGUGGGUGACUGUUAAAGGGGUGAUGAACUGAGAAAUCAAAUUUUCCUUGAGCUUUUG